CACAGCCAAACUAAGCAUGAAUGAACUUGCAAACUGCAUUCUCCAUAUUGUUUUACUCGUUUCCCUUGGCCAGGCUUGUAGCGACUGCAACGAAAAAUGGACAACAGUUUUAAAAACGGGGAAAAGAGGAGAAGAAUUGUAUGGUAAAAAGAGAGAUCUUGUGGACCAUGUAUUGAGCGGAAGUGACAUUCGGUUUUCUUUAGAUGACGGGUCGUACUUGUCUUCCAUUCAAUCUGUAUCCCUGUCAGGAGAUGAGAAUAUCUGUGUGCAAGCCUUGUUCAGUGUUAGUAAAAAUGGACCAUUUAAUUUUCAAAGUAAUGCCUACUGGUGGUUUCUCGUAGUAUGUACAACAGGUCAUACUCAUAUGUCUAGAUGGUCAGUUGGAGCUCACGUGGACAGAGGCCAGACUAAAACCACCUAUGCUGUAACAUGGUUUGCAAGAAAAUUAAGUUGUCAGACACAACCGUCGUACUGUAAUCAGCGGUCUGGUUCGAAAGAAUGUAGCGAUAUAUUUGUGCUGACUGAAGGCAUGCAAAAUGGCGCAGGAUUCAAAGCUGUUAAUUUAAAUAGUCGUUACGUUUCAGACUUUACAAAUGUUCAACUUUCAAAUAAUGGGCAAUCUUUGGCUGGACAGUACCCUUGGCAUGUCAGUCAAACUUAUGUAGGUAACCAUAUUGAAUUUCAACCAAAUGCCUAUUGGUGGGCCACCAUAUGGUCUACAACAGGUCGUCUAGAGAUGUCACGAUGGAAUGUCGGAGAGCACGUUAGCCGAGGACAUACGAAUGAAAAUACCCCGAUGCAGUGGUUUGUUGAUAACUGUUGGACUUUAGCAUAUAGCCACAAUCAGGGUGGACAGAGGCUGGAUGGAUCCCUAGAUUUUCUCGUAGGGGCGGUGUUAUCUGGAAGAAGAGUAAGGAUAAAGAUGGGAGAUACAUACUUGGUUAACACAGACAAUCUGUAUGUAAGAAACGGUCAUGUUUCUGCCCAGCUUUUAGGUCAUUUAUCAAAAGGUGGUGCAUUUUCCUUUCAAUCCGACGUUUAUUGGUACUGGCAAAUGGCCUCAACAACGGGACAUGUAGAAACAAUCAGAUACAAUAUAGGUAGCAGCAACAGCAGAGGAGGUUCUCGAGGAAACCAAGCAAUGGAAUGGUAUGUUGAAACAAGGCCGUGGAAGAAAGUACUCUCUACCUCUAGCACUGGGAGUGUCAAUGAUGGGUCUAAAAGUGAUUUAAUAAAUGCUCUGCAGAAAGGCUCACAACUACGAUUAGUUAUUCAGGAAGCAGAAAAGUCAUACAGUAUCGUAGAGGCAGAUAACAUUGCUAUUGAAGGAAAUGAAGUUGCAGCCCAGUCGAUUCGAUACAUCAACGAUGAAGACGGGGCAGGGGGUAUUCCAAGACGAUUCAAAGAGCCACCGUUUUGGAAAUUUACUUUAACAGUAACAGACGGAAAUCGAAGAGCUGUCUUCUGGAAGGUUGGGGAACAUACAUCUCUCCCCAGUUCAGUGACCAAACAUUCUGUAGACUGGAUUGUUGGUUGAAUACCAAA